AAAAUUCUAAUACUAUAAUUACAAUGAAUAAUAAAUAGUUUUAGUUAUGAGUCCCAAUCAAAGAACAAGAGGUUUUAAUAACCACUCUGCCUAAGGUUAUCACUCAACUUAUCAGUUGGGUACUCAAGACCCUAACUAAUUUUCAUUGCGUUAACAAAUACCACUCGAAUAAAUAAAUUCGAUACCACAGCAAGGUUCAGAUAAUCUGUGUAUAGAGGAUGGUAUAGCAUGCUGUUGUCACCAUGGAACUAUUAAGGACAAAUGUUGGACAUUUUUCUGAUGAUGAACAGAAUGCUUCAUCAAAUAUAAAACUGCUGAAAAAUGAAGAAUUUAUAACACCUUCAUAUAGUAGAGAAACUGCUUCCCAAGAACGACAAUUCCCGCAUUCUAUUUUUGAAUUUAAAACAGUAAAAGAAGAACAAGAAGAGCACUGUGAAGAAAUCACAGAGAAGAUUGAGAACACAUUUGCCAGAGUGACCCCUGAGAAACAUGGUGACUCACAACAAGAUAGCAUAAUUUCCAAGUUCAGUGAGAGUGAUGAUGACAUGAAUAGUUUAAAGGAUCAUAUUAUGAGUGUGAAAAAAGAGAACAAAUUUCAAGAAGAGUUUCAACUUGUCUCUUUGUUAGAAGGAAUAUCUGAUCCAAAGACUCAUGUGAACAACCCUUGCAAAAGACAACCUUCUGAUUAUAAUGUUUCCAAACAAGAAAUUAUGGAUACAAAAUAUGGUGAAUCUCAGAGAUCAAGCUAUGAUGAUGUGUUUCAGAAAAAAUAUUCAACAGAAAGUAACUUUAAUAAGUGUCAGAUUUUCCACAGUGGAUAUAAACAGUUUUGUUGUGUGUUGUGUGAUAAAUAUUUUAGUAGAAAAAGCGUUUUAGAAAGACAUUUUAAUAUUCAUACUAAGAAGAAACCACACAGUUGUUCUGUGUGUGGCAGAGGAUUUGGCAGUAAAGAUAAACUUGAAUUGCAUCAGAGGAUACAUACCAGGGAGAAACAAUAUAGUUGUGCAAUUUGUGACAAAGAAUUUAGAAGAAAUAGUCACCUAAAAGAACACAUGAAGACACACACUGGAGAGAAACCAUUUAGUUGUGAAGUUUGUGGCAAAGAAUUUGCUAAAAAUGGUCACCUAAAAGAACAUCUAGUGAUUCACUCUGGUGAAAAGCCCUACAAUUGUGUUGUGUGUGGCAGAGGAUUUGGAAAUAAUAGUAACCUAAAAAAACAUGAAAAGAUACAUACUGGAGAGAAACCAUACAGUUGUAUAGAGUGUGGCAAAGAAUUUAGACGAAAUAAUGAUCUUAAAAAACAUGAGAGGUUACACACUGGAGAGAAACCCUACAGCUGUGUGGUGUGUGGAAAAGAAUUUGGAACAAAUACUCAGUUAAAAAUACAUCAAAAGAUUCACACUGGGGAGAAACCAUACAGUUGUGCUACGUGUGGUAAAGAAUUUAGACGAAAUAGUGAUCUGAAAAAUCACGAGAGACUACACACUGGAGAGAAACCCUACAGCUGUGUGGUGUGUGGUAAAAGCUUUGGUACAAAUAGUCAACAUAAUAUACAUCUGAGAAUACAUACUGGGGAGAAACCAUACAGUUGUGUAGUGUGUGGCAAAGAAUUUAGAAGAAAUAGUUACCUAAAAGUACACCAGAGGAUACAUACAGGGGAAAAACCUUAUAUAUGUGUAGUUUGUGGCAAAGAUUUUGUAAGUAGUAGUUUGCUAAAAAAGCACGAGAAGAUACAUAGUGGAGAAAAACAAUAUAGUUGUGUUGUAUGUGGGAAUCAGUACAGAAAUAAUAGUGACCUAAAAAUACAUGAAAAGAUACACACUGGAGAAAAACCAUUCAAUUGUGUAGUGUGUGGCAAAGGAUUUAGAAGUAGUAGCACUAAAAAAAAACAUGAGAUGAUACACACUGGGGAAAAACCAUAUAGUUGUGUGGUAUGUGGUAAAAAAUUUGGUACGAGUAGUCAACUAAAAAUACACCUAAGGAUACACUCUGGAGAGAAACCAUACAGUUGUGUAGUGUGUGUUAAAAAGUUUAGAAGAAAUAGUCACCUGAAAGCUCAUCUAUUGAUACACACAGGAGAGAAACCCUACAGCUGUUUAGUUUGUGGCAAAGAUUUUAGAUGUAGUAGUUUGUUAAAAAAACAUGUAAAGAUUCAUAUAGGAGAGAUUGUAUAGCAAUCAAUAUAAAAUAUAUAGUGACCAUGCAUGAGAAGAAAUCAUACAGUUCUUGGUUUGUAAAAAGAGAAUGUUUACACUUCUUGUGGAAGUAUGCUCUAUUCCUCAUAAUGAAAAUGAUCCAUAAAGUUGUGGGAAAGAAUUUAGAAGUAAUGAUAAGGUAAAACAACAAUAUUUGAUCCAUUCUCAGGAGAGUAAAGUGGGAAUUUUUUAGCAAGUGGUACAGAACUUUGGAGAGAGAAAAUUAUGGUAUAAAACUUGUAACAUGUGGCUUAUUCAGGGAUUUUCUGGUUUUCAGUUAAAAUGUAUUGAUUUAAAGCAGUUCUAAAAGCCAGUUCACUCUAGAUACGUGUUGUUGUACUGUAAAAGUUUUUCUACUUUUUAUUUUAUUUUUUACUCUUAGAAUUUAAUUCUGCAUUUUUUUUUUCAAUAAUUUCAGUGUGAAUCCAAAUGUAGUGCAUUAAUUACUAUGGAUCACAAAGAACUUAAUAGACUCCUGUUACUAUAUGAUUAAUUUCACUUCUUGUUUUUUGUUGUAUAUGAUAUUGAAGAAAGAAAAAUGUCUUGAAUAUUACAUAUAUGUGUUGCAAAGAAAGUUCCAAGGAUUUGACAAAUUAAUAGUGCUGUGGUUUAAUUUCAACCUUGUGAACUAUUGUUACUAAGAACUAAGAAAUAAAUUUGAUAUGAAUUACUGUUUCAA